UCAGUCGACCGACAUCGGUACGAAGUGAUCGUCCUCAUUCGGAUCCAAACACAGACCUCGUUCACGAUGAGAUCGUUGGUGGUGUUGUUCGCUCUUGUGGCUGUUGCCGUAGCCGCUCCCAGUGCGGAGAAGAGAUCAGUGGAACACGUGGCGGUGGCGUACUCCUUGCCUGCUGCGGUCUCGCACCAGUCUCGGGUGGACGUGCACUCGUCGCCUGCCGUGGUGGCCCCAGUUGCUGCUGUAGUGGCUGAGCCCGUGGUUGCUGCGCGCACUGUCGUCGCUCCUGCUGUGUACAGUGGUGCCUCAGCUGUGUCCCACCAGUCCCGCGUCGAUGUGCACCACUCACCAGCUGUUGUCACCAGCUACGCCGCGCCAGUGGUCGCUGAGCACGUCGUAGCCCCCGCUGUUGUGGAAGCGCGCUCCGUGUACGCCCCCGUAGCCACCGUAUACUCCGGCGGUUCCGCUGUGUCCCACCAGUCUCGUGUGGAUGUACAGACCUCACCAGCAGUGGUUGCUCAGCACGUAGUGUCUCCCGCUGUAGUCGAAGCUCGCUCCGUCUAUGCUCCUUCUGUGUACGCUUCUUACUGGUAAACGACAAGAGUGAUAGGAACCAAUGACAUUGAUAGUUAAUAAGUUUUGUAAAGUCAAACGAAACGUAUGUAUUUUUUGAAUAAAU